GCUGACAGUGGGAGAGACAGCAGGGGUUGUAGUUUCCUCAACACACCUACCAAACCUAGAGGACCGCUUCCAGUCAAGGCGAGCCACGCCCCGGGGGGCAGGAGAGACUGUCCGCUCCCCCAGGUGCCCUGACUCCUGUGAUGGAAGGAAGAAUGGACUGUGAAGAAGAGUUUUAGUCGGGUACUUGUCGCCAAGAUGAAGUUCGGGAAGAGCAUUUGUGUGCUGAAUGUAGGGGGGACCCGUUACGCGUUCACCCGUGAGGUGAUCAAGGACUUCCCACUCCGACGCGUCAGCCGCUUGCAUGCCUGCGCGACCGAGAAAGAGGUUCUGGAACUGUGCGACGACUACGACCGGGACCGGAACGAGUUCUUCUUUGACCGACACGCGCAGGCUUUCGUGUUCAUCAUGCUGUACGUGCGCUCCGGCAAACUCCGGUUCGUCCCCGGAGUCUGCGAGCUGUCCUUCUACACCGAGAUGCUCUACUGGGGGCUGGAGAGCGCGCACCUGGACUUCUGCUGCCAGAAGCGCCUGGACGAGAGGAUGUCCGACAUAGGGAUGGACAGUCUGUCAGAGGGGGACGUGUCCGGGGAUGAGUGCCAGAGUCCAGAAGAGACGGUGCAUCGGACUGCGCUAACCGGUCGCGCCAAAUGGCUGGAGAGGAUGCGCAAAAUGUUCGAGGACCCUAACUCUUCUCUGGCGGCGCAGCUCCUAGCUGCGGUGUCCGUGAUUUUCGUGAUUAUUUCUAUGGUUAUGCUGUGUGCCAGCACUCUCCCAGACUGGGAUACAGCUAAGAGGAAUACUACGGAGGAGCACAGGAUAGUGGAGGCUGUGUGCAUCGGCUGGUUUACAGCUGAGUGCAUAGUGCGCUUUCUGUUGGCCAGAGACAAGUGCAGCUUCAUCCGCCAUCCGCUGAACAUCAUCGACGUGAUUGCCAUUACCCCCUACUAUGUCACCAUGGCGAUGGCCAGAGCUGGGAUGCCGGGUGCUGGGCUUGGGGUCGCUGGAGUGAUACUCCGCGUGCUGAGGAUGAUGAGAGUGUUCUGGCUCAUGAAGCUGGCCAGACAUUUCCUGGGCCUGCAGACUCUGGGACUGACGCUCAGGCGCUGCUACAGGGAGAUGGUCAUGCUCAUGGUGUUUGUUUGUGUGGCCAUGGCAAUAUACAGUGCUCUGGCACAGCUGCUGGAGCACGGCUUGGACUUGGGCUCGCAGAACCAGGACUACGCCAGCAUCCCGGCUGCCGCCUGGUGGGUCAUCAUCUCUAUGACUACAGUUGGGUACGGGGACGUGUAUCCAGUGACGAUUGGGGGACGUGUUCUCGGGGGCAUGUGUGUAGUGAGUGGGAUUGUUCUCCUGGCUCUGCCCAUCACAUUCAUCUACCACAGCUUUGUUCAGUGCUACCAUGAACUAAAACUCCGCUCUGCUAGAUAUGCACGAAAUGUGUCUUCAGAGAUGCUGGAAUGAACUAGGAUGAACACUAAAAUAGACAGAAACAUAGCAAACUAGUAGAUCUCAUUGUGACAUAACCAACUGUGUGAGAUGCUCUGACUCUUGGCUUUGGCAGCAUUUGAUAUUGUUGCUCUGUAUAGUCCCUGCCUCUCGUAGAACAGAUGAUCCCUGACCAUUGUCUAACCAGCAAACAGUGUGACUUAAAGGGGAUGUUCGAAUUACUCAGAAGACCCGGCAGUAAUCAGUAACUUACCUGUAGUAGACAGCAGAGAAGUUCAUAAGACAUAUUUUCAAAGUAAAGGCUCAAGUCUCUAAUUACUGGAGAUAACAUUGUCCCAUUGCAUAUCAUCUACAUUGAUGUGAAAAAGAGAUCUCUUAGUAAUUUCUUUUGUUCUUGUUUCUUCUCACACCUAAUUGACUCAGAUCAUAAAAUAAAUUUGAAUAUCAAACAUAGAUAACCUGCAUACAGAAAACACGGUUUUAAAAAAUGCUAAUCUAAUUUAUUGUGGGAGAAAAGCUAUCCAAACCAACCUGACCAAUGUGACAAAGUGAUCAUCCCUUAAACCUAAUAACCGGUUGUGCCACCCUUGGCGGCAAAAACUGCCAUCAGGUGUUUGGAGUAACUGGCAAUGAGUCUCUUUAUAUUAGUUUUGGCUCACUCUUCUUUGCAGAUUUUUUUUAUUCAACUACAUUUUGGAGCAUGAACGGCCUGUUUAUUCUCACACCACAGCAUUUCAAUUAAAUUUAAGUCUAAACUUGGAUUAAGC